AUGGCUUCUUCUCCAAUUAAACGCAUAUUUGAUGCAAGACCUAUGGAUGAAUGUGUUCCAUUGCCAAACAAGGGGCAGCAAAAUCUUCGAUCUGGUAUUCCAGGGGUAGCGGCAACGACCGAAGAAUCUAAGCCACUUGACGAGAUUCUAAAUACUGAUGAAGUGCAGAUCCCAAGUGAAAGAAUCAAUAAGGAACAAGAGAAUCUUAAUCUCGCAGAGUUAAAGUCUUUUUCUCAGGAUUUGGUGCGUCAAAAGAGCAAGGAGGGUGAUCCCCCACAUCAUAAAUCUGUUGCUGCGUCAGCAGAAUCCGCACUCUUCAAAUACGCAACAGCAAUAGCUCAAGAACGUCUCGUCAAUCCUCCAGACCUCACACGUGAUCUCCCAUACAUUCCCAAUGUGGAUCCUCACCGAUUACUAGCGCGCCUAAAAGAGGAACUGAAGCAACGACAGAUAGUAGAGAUGAAGACUCUGGAAAAACAACCGCCUUCUGGAAUUGCGUCUCAUGUUCAGUCUGCUGUCAAUAAAUUAGAACAAGUGUUACAUGAUUUGUAA